GGUGCGCGCGCGCGCGGCGGGGGGGGGUUCUCACAGUUGUGGUAGCGGCAGUGAAACCAUAAGACGAUUGUUAUUCACAUUGAGAACGGUUUAUCAGGUUCUUCUCCUGAAGAGGAGGUGCAGUUUUCUCUGGCGAAUCAUGAAUUUGUUGUACCAAAGAGAGAGAUCAAUAUGGUCCCAGAUAUGGGGAAGUGGAAACGUUCUCAGGCAUACGCUAAUUAUGUGGGUUUUAUUCUCACUCUGAACGAGGGAGUGAAAGGGAAGAAGCUGAAGGGAGAUUACAAAAUCUCAGAGCCGGUGAUAAAGCUGGUCGCGCUGCUGAACACGCUGGACAAGUGGAUCGACGAGACUCCGCCCGGCGAUCAGCCAUCACGAUUUGGUAACAAGGCGUUCCGGCUGUGGUACAGCAAACUAGAGAAGGAGGCGGAGCGGUUGGUUGCCACUGUGAUCCCUGCGGAGCUGAGCGCUGCCGUCCCCGAGAUUGCCGUGUACCUGAAGGAGUCUGUGGGAAACGCCACGAGAAUAGAUUAUGGAACAGGCCACGAAGCCGCCUUUGCAUCGUUCCUCUGCUGCCUGUGUAAGAUCGGCGUACUGAAGGUGGAGGACCAGCUGGCCAUUGUGUUUCAGGUGUUUGAUCGGUACCUGCAGGUGAUGCGGAAGCUGCAGAAAAUCUAUCGGAUGGAGCCGGCCGGCAGUCAGGGUGUCUGGGGCCUGGACGACUUUCAGUUCCUGCCCUUCAUCUGGGGCAGUUCCCAACUCGUAGACCAUCCACACCUGGAACCACGUCACUUUGUGGAUGAGAAAGUGGUGAAUGAGCACCACAAGGAUUACAUGUUCCUGGAGUGUGUCCGCUUCAUCAAUGAGAUGAAAACCGGUCCCUUUGCAGAGCACUCCAACCAGCUUUGGAACAUCAGCGCUGUCCCAACGUGGGCCAAAGUGAACCAGGGUCUGGUCCGAAUGUACAAGGCAGAGUGCCUCGAUAAAUUCCCUGUGAUCCAGCACUUCAAAUUUGGCAGCUUGCUCUCCAUCCAGCCAACGCAGCAGCCCUGAGCCGAGCAGCUCACAGACCUGCGAUUGGUAUCCAGACACCAGCCGGCUGCAAGUCUUUCUCCCAAACUGUGACUCUUUUGUUUUCCCUUUGUUUUGGAGUGAUUUGAGACCGGCCUCUGAAGCUGGGAGAGACGGGGGUUUGGGGGCUUGUUUUCAUGUGAUCAUCGGCAGUGGCUGCGCUGGGGAGAUGUUUGACCGACCGGCACAAGCUUUUCUCCAGCACCAUCCGAGAUGCACGUCUCAGGAUUCGGAUGAUGGGGAUGGGGGAGGGGUUUGGCAGGGAAAUCGGAAGGGCUUAAGUUAAUGUUCUCUCCGCCACGUCUUAGCUUUUACUGCCGUUCUUUGUCACGGUGACGGCAGCAAUGUUCCACGUCACUCGCUGACUUAAACCCUUUCCAACACCCGGCCUCAAAGUUCAUAAACCGGUUCACUGCACCCUGUGUGUUUACCAGGUCACAAGCCCCUGUGUUGGCUGCUCAUCAGGUAACCAGCCCCUGGCAGUGAGCUAUUGUAUUGUUUUAUUAUAUUUAUAGAAAUAUAAAUCUUACUGGAGUCUCAUUGGGGUUCACAAUCACCAAGAAUCUAACACUCACAGUCCUCAUUGCUUCCCCCCUCCCACUCCCCGGUCCAUCAGACAAACACACAGGGUCCGAAGCUGAUAAACUCCCACAUUUUUACCAUCUUUGCCGGGGAACUUAGGAGCUGGUAAGAAUUUAAACCAAAAAAAGUGUUUCUCCGCCAGUAACUCUCAGUUGCACUUUUACUUUACACGAUGCAGCCUUCAGUGUUGAGUGAUUCCACAUCAUUGGAAGCAGUAGUUUUCAGCCUUUGUCAGUUCCGUGUUAGACAAUAUUUAAAGGAUGUUAAUAUCAUCAAAUCUUCCUAGAUUUAUGUGUGAGCGUGUGUGUAUACAUAUCGACCAGGUGUUCAGUGGACGCCUGAGGAGUGCUAACCAGCAACGCCCCCACACCCCUUUGGUGAGCACUCCUCAAUUGUGUCCGUAUUGUAUUAUAGAGAAUAAAGAUGAAGGGAUCUUCCCCUCACUGUUCAGUU